AUGUCAAAUUUAACUCACUCCGAUGGAAUUGGUGGUGGUUACGGCAAUGCGACUUUAAUCAAGAACCCAGAGUUGUGUACACUUACCACUUGUGAUCUUUCCUUGUCGAGUUUCGAGUAUCGGCCGACGGUGGUUGGAAAUGCCCUAUUCGCCGGUUUAUUCGGGGUAUUCUGCAUUGCACAAGUGGCUCUAGGGAUUAAGUACAAAACAUGGGGAUAUACGCUUGGCAUCAUUCUUGGAUUGCUUCUCGAAAUUAUGGGUUAUAUCGCCAGAGUUCUCAUUAAUAUCUAUCCUUUCAACAACGAUUACUUCCUAAUGUAUCUCAUAACCCUAACUAUUGCCCCUGCUUUCCUCACCGCAGGAAUUUACCUUUGUCUAUCUCGAAUCGUUAUUGUUUACGGCAAAGAAAUCUCUCGCUUCAGACCGGGAACAUAUACCAUCAUCUUCUGUACCUGCGAUAUUAUCUCCCUCGUGCUCCAAGCCGCUGGUGGCGCCAUUGCUUCAACUGCCGAUACACUCGACGACAAAGAUUUGGGCAAAAAUAUCAUGUUAGCAGGUCUCGCUUUCCAAGUCUUUUCUCUCGUCCUCUUCGCUAUCCUCUGCGCUGAAUUCGCAUGGAGAGUUCGCUGCGCAGAUGGACAUUGGAAUGCUCGCUACUACGAACUCGUUUCUUCCACUCUCUUCAAAUCUUUCCUCGGCGGACUUUUCCUCGCGACAGUCACAAUCCUUAUUCGUUCCAUCUACAGGUGUAUAGAACUAUCGGGUGGCUUCAAUGGGCCUCUUUUCAUCGGCCAUGAGGUUGAAUACAUGAUUUUGGAACCUGUGAUGAUUACUAUUGCGGUUGCGGCCCUUACGAUAUUGCAUCCUGGAAUUGCGAUGAAAGGGGCGUGGUUGGAAGCAAACUUUAAAUUUAGAAGUAAGCACGAAGGAAUGGAACAAUUAAAGAGAGUGAGUGCUGGAAGUGACAUUGAAUUGGAGACUGGAAAGGUGUUUACGAGGGACUGA